AUGAGGAGUUGUGUACAGUUCGCGUAUUUACUUGCUUGCAUCGCUUAUGCCAGCGCUGGACUUCUGCUCCAGCAAGCACCCCAGUGCCCAGAGCAAUAUGGAGUUCAGGCUUACGCGCACCCGGAGCAUUGUGAUCAAUUUUUCCUAUGCACGAACGGCACUCUCACUGUAGAGACCUGCGAGAAUGGUCUGCUAUUUGAUGGGAAAGGUGCUGUCCACAAUCACUGCAACUACCACUGGGCAGUGGAUUGUGGAGACAGGAAGGCUGAUCUGACACCCAUAUCAACGCCUGGCUGUGAAUACCAGUUCGGUAUCUAUCCUGACAGCAACGAGUGUUCAACUAGCUACAUUAAGUGCGCAUUUGGUAUGCCGGAGCAGGAGCCGUGCACGCCCGGUCUCGUUUACGACGAAAGGAUCCACGGAUGCAACUGGCCUGAUCUACUGCAGCCGUUCUGUAACCCUGAAGCUGUCAUCGGUUUCAAAUGCCCAACGAAGCUGCCAUCAAACUCACAAGCAGCCAAGUUUUGGCCGUUCCCCCGGUUCCCUGUACCUGGUGACUGCCACAGCCUGAUCACAUGUGUAGAGGGUCAGCCACGACUCAUCUCCUGCGGAGAGGACAAGGUUUUCGACGACCAAAGCCUGACAUGUGAAGAUCCCGAGUUGGUACCUCACUGUGGUCAUGCGUAA